UACUCCUUUGGAAUCUUUUUCACCUGGCUAGGCUAAUAUUACAUGUUAUUAUGGAUAUGAACAUGGGGAACAUGGAUUCUUCUUCCACUCGCAAUUGGAUUGCUUUCUCUCUUUCCAAACACCAACAACAUCUCAACCUGCCUUCUUCUUCUUCUCAUCUCUGUCUCUAUGAAACUUUCACCUCUUCCACCACCACCACAACCGCCCCAACAACAACCAACUCUUCAGCAGCAGCAGCAGAAGAAGAUGCAGGUGCAGGUACCAUCGCUGGUGCAACAGACUCUUCCAUGUUUAAUGGUGGCACAAAACUCGAGGAUUUUCUUGGCGGUUCUUCCACCACAACUGGAGUUGGAGGUGUACCCCUGCCACAGUUGCCUCGUCAUCAUCAAUUUUCUACUGAAACACCCGUGACUAUCUCUGACAACGAAUUAUAUGACUCCGAGCUCAAAACCAUAGCUGCUAGUUUUCUUCGUGGAUUUUCCUCUGAACAAACGGACACUCACAAACAACAACAACAACAACAACUGCGGCAACAUCAACAGAUGCCUAAAGCUGAGCCUUCACCCAGAGGAGCUGUUGAUACUUUUGGUCAACGUACUUCUAUCUACCGAGGAGUCACCAGGCAUAGAUGGACCGGAAGAUAUGAAGCCCACUUGUGGGACAAUAGCUGCAGAAGAGAAGGCCAAAGUAGGAAAGGAAGGCAAGUUUAUUUGGGUGGCUAUGACAAGGAAGAGAAAGCAGCAAGAGCUUAUGAUCUUGCGGCACUCAAGUACUGGGGUCCGACCACUACGACAAACUUUCCGAUUUUUAACUACGAGAAGGAACUAGAAGAGAUGAAAAACAUGACUAGACAAGAGUUCGUUGCUUCUCUCCGAAGGAAAAGUAGUGGAUUUUCAAGGGGUGCCUCAAUUUACAGAGGUGUCACCAGGCAUCAUCAACAUGGUAGGUGGCAGGCAAGAAUAGGAAGAGUUGCAGGCAACAAAGAUCUCUAUCUUGGCACAUUUAGCACCCAAGAAGAAGCAGCUGAGGCCUAUGAUAUUGCUGCAAUCAAAUUUAGAGGCCUAAACGCAGUGACAAAUUUUGACAUGAGCCGCUACGAUGUAAAAAGCAUUGCCAACAGCAAUCUACCCAUCGGAGGACUAAGCAACAAAUCCAGAAACUGCUCUGAUUCAGCUUCUGAUAGUAAGAGCACCGACGACGACCGAGAUCACUCCUCAGCAUCAUCCGCUGUGACCUUUGCAUCUCAGCCUGCUGCAAGCUCCACUCUCAGCUUUGCAAUUCCCAUCAAGCAAGACCCGUCUGAUUAUUGGUCCAAUAUUAUGGGAUACAAUAACACUGCUGUUUUCCUGAGCAAUGGCAAGAACCCUAGUGUCGCACCAACUAAUUUUUUUCAUCAGUCAUCAAACAAUGGGUCCGGGUUCCAAAGUCCCAGUGGUUUCAGUAUGGAUUUUGGUGGGAAUUCUGCAGUCAACGGAAGCAUUAACAAUGGGUUUUUCAGUGGAGGUGGUUGUGUUCAGCAGAAGCAGCUGCAGCAGCAACAACAGAGCGGUGUUAUUUCUUCAACAUCUUCCCUCCCAUUUGCUACACCAAUUGUCUUAAAUAAUAGCGGUAACAACAAUUAUGAGGGCUCUUCUGGCUAUGGUAGCUGGAACAUUGCACAAUCUUUGCAUUCUUAUCAAACUGCAAAGCCAAGGCUCUCAGUGUUCCAGACACCCAUUUUUGGCAUGGAAUGAUCUGACGUACAGAAGAAUAUUGGGGAUAAAAAACUAUGCAAAGGCAAGGCUGAAAAGGAAUUCAAGACAAAUACUGUGGGGGGUUAGAUUGCUUUUUUUUUUUUUCCUUCAAAUUUUCCUUGAAUAGGUGAGGUGGACUGACAAGCAUAGGCAUUUCACAGGAGCUGACAGUGCUAACUCAAGUUCUUCUGUUAAGGGCCUUGCUUCCUUUUCUUUACUUUUGUCCUUUACUGACAUGAGUUAUAUAUGGGGUAUAAAUGAAAAAGGAGAUCCUUUUCUCCACAGCUCAGUGAAUUGUUAGUAUCAAAUCAUUAAUGUAAAACUGAAAAUCCUCCAUUAAUUUUCUAUUGGCGAAGGAUGUAAUUAGGAAUAAACCGAUUUCGUUAAAAGGAUUUUGUUGCUGAG